AUGUCUCUAUCUUUCAAAGGUCACACCGUAGUCGUCACUGGUGCCGGAGGAGGUUUGGGCAAGUCCUACUCGCUCCUGUUUGCUUCGCGGGGUGCAAAUGUCGUGGUCAACGACUUUAACGCGGCUGCCGCCCAGAAAGUUGUUGACGAGAUCACCAAGGCUGGAGGGAAAGCUGUUGUGAACACGUCUUCGGUCAGCGAUGGCGCCGCAGUCAUCAAGACCGCCGUUGAUAACUUUGGCACUGUUACUAUCCUCAUCAACAAUGCUGGAAUCCUUAGAGACAAGGGUUUCAAGAACAUGUCCGACAAGGAGUGGGACCAGAUUACCGAGGUCCACCUCAAGGGCGCGUUUGCCUGCACGAAGGCUGCUUGGCCUUUGUUCCGCAAGCAGAAGUUUGGACGUGUGAUCAACACUGCUAGCGCUGCUGGAAUAUACGGAAACUUCGGCCAGGCCAACUACAGCGCUGCUAAGAUGGGCCUCAUCGCUUUUAGCAAGACCCUUGCUCGGGAAGGUGCCAAAUACAACAUCAAGUCAACCGCCAUUGCCCCAAUGGCUGCCUCUGCGAUGACUGAGACCAUCUUACCACCUGAAAUGUUGGCCAAGCUCAGCCCCGACUAUGUUGCUCCUUUCGUUGCUGCUAUCUGCCAUCCUGACGGACCCGACGCCUCUGGGAAAGUUUUCGAGCUUGGUGCCGGCUUCAUUGCGGAGCUCCGAUGGGAGAGGUCAAACGGCACAGUCUUCAAGACGGACGCCAGCUUCACUCCUUCAGCUGUGAAAGAGAAGUGGAAUGAAGUCAUCGACUUCACGAACCCCUACUACCCUUCCGCCGUGACUGAUGUUGACUCUCAAGGCAAACUCGAGGCUGCAAAGAAGCUCUCUUCCAAUAAGCAAUCUUCACCUCCUGUUCGCUUUGAUGGACAGACAGUCGUCAUCACUGGUGCUGGCGCUGGUCUCGGACGUGCAUAUGCCCUCAUGUACGGCAAGCUCGGUGCUAAUGUUGUCGUGAACGACGUGAGCGAGAAGGGCGCCAAUGCUGUCGUUGAAGAAGUUGUGAAGGUUGGAGGCAAGGCCGCUGCGGCUGUUUGCUCUGCUGAAGAUGGCGAGAAGAUUGUCCAAGUCGCAUUGGAGAAGUUCGGCGGCGUCCACGUCCUCAUUGCUAACGCUGGCAUACUGCGUGACAAGUCCUUCCAGGCCAUGACUGAACAAGAGUGGGAUAUCGUUCUCGCUGUCCACCUGCGCGGCACAUACAAAUGCGCAAAGGCUGUCUGGCCGAUCUUCCAGAAACAGAAGUACGGUCGUAUCGUGACUACUUGCUCACAAGUCGGCAUUUAUGGUAACUUCGGACAGGCCAAUUACUCUACAGCCAAGGCAGGCAUCAUGGGAUUGACUCGCACCCUUGCCAUCGAGGGCAAGAAAUACAACAUCAUUGCCAACGUGAUUGCUCCUUCUGCUGGUACUGCUAUGACCAGCACUGUCUGGCCGCAAGAGAUGGUUGAUGCCUUCAAGCCCGAUUUCAUCGCCCCUAUUGUGGGAUACCUGACAAGCAAAGACAAUGUGGAGACAACUGGUUCCUUGUUCGAAAUCCUCGGCGGUUGGGCAGCGCAGACUCGCUGGCAACGCGCUGGUGGCUAUGGCUUCGCUACUGUUAAGCCUUACACAAUAGAGGAUGUCAUCGCGAAGUGGGACAAGAUUACGGACUUCAACGACGGUCGUGCGUGGCACCCAACAUCCAGCGGAGAGUCCAUGCAGCAGAUCAUCAACAAUUUCAAGGAGGAGCCUGCGAAGUCAAAACUGUAA